AUGCCCACCACCAUCAAAGACAUCCCCAAUGAGGUCCUCAAGCACGUUUUGGUGCAAGUUCGUGAACAAGGCGGUUAUGACGCUCUGAGAAUGGCACUUCGUGUCUGCCGCCUCUGGAACGACGCAGGCACACCAGUCCUCUACGAACACGUCGUGCUUGACAACAGAAACAUCAGUUCUUUCCUCGAGAGCUUUUCCGAGCCGCAUAUCGAUCUUUGGGAGUUGAUCAAACCAUUCCACGAGUUUAUGUGCAUUGGCCACAGACACUGUUUGCGAGAGGCGUCAAGCACAUUCGAGGAAGCAAAGGAGAUAUUCGCAAAGCCUUUGCCCUCUGUCGAAGAACUGGAAUCCAGACGCGGUAAGAGAUAUAUCCGCAAUCGAGAAAGGACGUGGGAGAAAAUUCAUUCUUUGACUCUCAAUAUGAAGCCCGAAGGGAGUGCCAACNCCCACUAUGAGGAGAUCAACAGACAAGGCGGCAAGUUGACUCCGCUGGAUCUGCAACUGGUGAGACUGGCAAGCUUGCUGCCAAAACAUUUCCCUCUGCUCGAUACCUUCUCAAUCUUCACAGAGGAGGUGUACCACAAAGACCAGUACGUUGUCGAAAGAGACUCGCCCGGCUUUUGUGACGCCCAAGUCUUCAUCGAGCUUGUUCAGUCUUUACCAAAGUCUUGCACAAGCAUCAUGCUCGAUACCAAUGCCCGCGAGAUCAAGUUCGGCAGGGUGUCCCCUCGCAUUUGUCUAUUGCUUCGAGAGAUGGUGCCAAGACUGCGCCAUCUGUCGCUCAGAGUGUCGUACAUCUGCGAGUCGAUGCUGAUGGCAUCAGAGAUAGAAGACGAAGAAGAACCCGAAUACAUCAACGCGCCUCAUCUACGCAGCUUGUCGAUCUCUUUCGUUCCCAGAAACGUCCCCUACUGGUUUGACUUGAUGUACGCUCGCAAUGUCUGCAGAAGGGUUCACUUUGACCCUACAGAACAAUUACCCAACGACCACNCCCUUGGAUCAAAUGACGAGUCAGGAACUGUUCGCUUGGCUAAGGCCUUCCAACAAGCAUACAGCCAAGGUUGUUUUCCGCAUGCCAAGAGUAUCCAGAUCGUCUCGCCAAUGAGAAUACAUCGUCGUGACAGCUGGCCGUGGUUUGAUCGAGAAUUUGACGAGAUGAUGAUUGUCAGAGACUGCAUCCAAGACAAAACACACGCGCUCCGUUUUAUGCCAUCUAAGAGAUCGUUUAUCCAUGACGAGGAUUGCGCAAUCAUCGAUCGCCAGGACGUCUUCGCGAUGGGUAAUCACGAGGCCAUCAAGCUGUUCGCAGAAAAUGGCAAAUGGCAUGCGACAGCCAAUUACGAAGCCAGACUGCCUGUCGACACACCUGAGGUCCAGUUCGAGAAGUGCUCGUUGAAGACGUUGACUAAGAAGGAGCUGAAGUACUUCACCGAGAGUCUUACCAGAGAGACACACGAAAAGUUGACAGAGCUUUACAAGGAUCUGACGGAAGGCGAGAGACAUCCAGGAAGAGUCUUUGAGUUCGAUGGUGCUGCAUUUGCGUUCAAGGACUUCAUGCCGGAGAACCUUUCAGUCGAGUAG